GAGCAUGGCUCAGCCUCACAAAGAGGCCUCCCAGUGAGCCAGGCCAAGGAGACGGAUCACCCCACCAGUGCUGGCCUUACGAGUGCCGAAGCCCUGAAGGAUGGCUUUGGAAAGGUCCGUGCUGCAUUGGGCAAGUUGGCUCAAAGGAACUUAGAGCGGAUGCCAAUGGAGCUUUUGGAGAAAGAGAUCAAGACAGAGAGAGAAAAGGAAACGUCCUUGCAGCUGCCUCCACAGACAGUUGACCCCGGGGAUGCAGCUGCGGCAAGCUUUAGCCUACCGCCUGUCAAUGGCACAGCUUCCAGUGUGCAGAGGAAACACCCUGGUAGUGCCUUGAAGAAGAAGGUCUUGAGGAAGCAGGACAACGUGCCCUUACUGUCCAAGAAGCCCAUCAUCCAUGGAGACGGCAGCUUCCCACGCAACUCCUCAGUGACCCCGCAGACGGCCACUGGUGCCGAGCGCCGAGAGGAGCCGCUCCGUGGGAAGGGGCAGAAGGACGGAGCCUCUUUGGAGCCACAGCAGUCCUUGCUCGAGGCACUCUCCUUGCUCAGCAGCGAUGACUGGGAGCUGAAGGAGAAGGGACUCUUCAGCAUCAAACACCUGGCUGAGUCCCACUCAGAAGUCCUUCUUUGUAGACUUCGUGAGGUUUGCUUGGUACUUACCAACGAGGUAAGAACAUUGUUCUGA